AUGGUGCUUUUGUCCGCAAACGCGCGUGCCGCGGCACGCGCUGUAACCGCGGGUCGCGGACUGUCACGUGCUUCAUUCCAGGGCUCGUUCCGUGCUUUCUCGCAACUGCCGCUCAGCGUGCCCAUCAAGCUGCCCAACGGCAUCGAAUACGAACAGCCUACGGGCCUGUUCAUUAACAACAAGUUUGUGCGCUCAAGGCAGGGUAAGACCUUCGAGGUAGUGUCACCUGCGACGGAGGAAGAGGUCACGCACGUGUACGAGGCACGUGAGGAUGACGUCGAAGACGCCAUCCAAGCCGCCGACCAGGCAUUCCGGUCCGGAGUGUGGUCCGAGGCAGACCCUAUUGUUCGCAGUAAGGCGCUCUCGAAGCUUGCUGACCUAAUCGAGGAGCACCUGGACACCAUUGCGUCGAUCGAGACCUUGGACAAUGGUAAGGCCAUAACGAGCGCCAAGGGCGACGUAGCGCUAGUCGUGAACUACCUUCGUUCGUGUGCUGGCUGGGCCGACAAAAUCGACGGCCGUCUCAUCAACACGGGCAAGACCCACUUCUCGUUUACGCGCCGCCAGCCCCUGGGUGUUUGCGGCCAGAUCAUCCCCUGGAACUUCCCACUGCUGAUGUGGGCGUGGAAAGUGGGACCCGCGCUGGCUACCGGUAACACGGUGGUGCUCAAGAGUGCGGAGUCCACGCCGCUUUCUGCGUUGUACGUCUCGCAGCUGGUUGUGCAGGCCGGGUUCCCCGCCGGUGUUCUGAACAUUGUGUCUGGUUUCGGUAAAAUUGUAGGCGAGGCGCUCUGCACGCACCCCAAGGUCAAGAAAAUCGCGUUCACGGGCUCGACCGCCACGGGACGUCACAUCUACCAAAGCGCUGGCGCCAACCUCAAGAAAGUGACCCUCGAACUUGGAGGCAAGUCCCCCAACGUUGUCUUUGCCGAUGCCGAUCUCCCAAGAGCCGUCCAGAGCGUUUUAGCCGGUAUCUUUUACAACGCUGGUGAAGUGUGUUCCGCUGGCUCCCGUGCAUACGUCCACGAGUCGAUCCACGACGAGUUUGUCCAGGAACUGAAGGCCGCUGCAGAGGCUUUGAAGGUCGGCGACCCCUUCGACGAAUCCACUUUUAUGGGCGCCCAGACCUCGCAGGCCCAAUUGUCCAAGAUUCUCAAGUACGUUGACAUUGGUAAGGAGGAAGGUGCUACCUUGAUCUCCGGUGGUGAGCGUCUAGGAUCCAAGGGCUACUACGUCAAGCCCACCAUCUUUGGCGACGUUCGCGAGGACAUGCGCAUUGUCAAGGAAGAGAUUUUUGGACCUGUUGUCACUGUUAGCAAAUUCCGCACCGUGGACGAACUGGUUUCCAUGGCCAACGACACUGAAUACGGACUCGCCGCUGGUCUGCACACCACUUCUCUGCAAACCGCGCUAGACGUGAGCGCCCGUAUCGACGCCGGUACUGUCUGGGUCAACACGUACAACGAUUUCCAUCACUCUGUGCCUUUCGGCGGAUUCAAUGCUUCCGGUAUUGGCCGUGAGAUGGGUUCCGAGGCCCUUGAGAACUACACCCAGGUCAAAGCUGUGCGCGUCAAGCUCGACUAA